AUUUAUAAUACAGAUUAUGUUAGCACAUCUUUCAUUGGGAUUAGUAGUUCCAAUAUUAUGCAUAACGAAUAAUGUGAAUAAUGUGAAAUGUGCGAAUAAUGAGUUGUAGUUCCUCACUGUGACCACUAGAGGCCGAGUAAAUAAAAAAAUGAUUCUGAAUAUGUUCAACAUCUUUUCCACCAGUGUCAAGUAAACACAAUUGACUUUUUUCCCUUUACCUUUAAUGAAAUGUGUUUUUCUGUUUUGUUGUUGUAUUGCUUGAAAUGUUGUGUUUUGCACUUCAGAGCCACCGUACAUGGGAAAGCAAUCUAUUAAUGAAGUGCGCGAGGCUCACGUGGUAACUAUAAAUGACUCGAUGGUCCUCCGGGGGGCAGCAGCACCUUCAAGCAGCCAAACAGAAAAGAGGAAAAAUCAGAAGCAGUAGAAGAAGACUUCUUUACAAAAAACAGGAACAGUUCCUGAUUAUCAAAUGUGAAACUGAAGUUCUGCCAGCUGGAAGUGGACACAGACAGUGAAGGGUUGCAAGAAUGUAAGCUAGAGGUCCGACAGUGUUGUCCACGAGGAAAUGGAUGAGAUAAGUCCUUUGUUAGGCAACCAGCCACAAGAGGGCCCUGACCUUGUGUCUCCAAACCUGAGACCGAGACACCAGGAACUGAUACCAACACCAUGUGGACCGAUAAAGCCCUGGUCGGAGCUGUCGUGCCUGGUGAAGCUCUACUUCUGCUUCACCAUAACGUCUCUGCUGGCGCUGCUUGGCCUCACCCUGGUCAGCAUCUACAAGCAGCGCAUUAACACGGACGUCUCUGACGAGGACAACUUCACUGUCUCUCUCAUCCAGCUGGUUGGGAUCUUGUUCUGCAUCUACUACAUCAUCCGCGGCGUGCUGCAGGAGAACAGACAGGAGCUGGUGGCGUUCGUGCUCAGUGUGUUGGUGAUCAUGGUCCGAUCGGUGGUCAACUUCUCUGUGCUGGGAUCAAAGAGCAAACAAGAGCUGCUGGUUCGCUUCGUGUGCACUAUGUGUCUGGGCGUGGUCCACGUCCUCUGCACCACGCUGCUCAUCCAGAGACCCAACAUGAUGGCGUUCCGUGUGGGCGGGGCUUUGGAGAGCCUCCAGGAGCAGUACUUCCUGCUCAAUCUCUGUUUCUCCAUGGUGACCUUUGACCUGCAGGCUCAGUUGUGUCUGUGUAUCCUGAUCACGACGUCGGACUCGGCCAUGUCUGCUCGCAACACCAUCAUCCUGGGUGUCGGAGUGGUGUGGGCCUGUCUGACCGCCGCUGUCGGGGCUGUUGCAGUUUUAAAGGAAGCCAAAGUCUUGGUUUGGGUCUUCAUGGUGCAGAACCUCCCUCAAGUAGCCUUCUUUAUUUAUCUGAUGUACACGGUGGCAGUAAAGUGGUACCAGGACAGCACGUACACCCUGGAGGCAGCCGCUGUCACUGGAGCUUUGAUUUCACUGGUGAUUAAAGCGGUUUUAUUCUGGGGCCUCAUCAGACUGGUGCACAGCUUCGGCCAAGGCCUGAGGGAGAGAAUGUUUGCACCCAGCAAGUGAUAAAACAUCCGCUGGUCGUGGACGAAGAGCACAGCUGCGUGCUGAGAGCUGAACAGUAAGAGGCUUUAGCUCUGUGGUGUUGACCAUGGAGCUAAACUCACCAGAUAUGUCACCUUACAUCUCUCUCUUUUUUUUUUUUUUUUAAAGACUUGUAGUUUAUUUUAGCUAACAAUUCUCCAUCAAUGUGCCUAUCUACAUAUCUACAGGACGUAAAGUACAACAGGUCAGCUGCACACAUGCAUGUUUGUUACAUUAAAUGCCUUCGUAGCAUGGAUUCAUGUUUUUUUUAAUUUUUAUUCUUAUUGUAAUAUCUGUAUCUACUAGUGGUUGUUGGAUCUUUGUGUAGACACCAAAGAUUGUUUUUAUGAGGCCAAUAUCCUAUUUUUAAAAAGUUAGCUUUCAUUUUAAAGAUAUUUUUUUUGUUUCCUUCCUGUAAAUAACAUUCAAUGUUGGUUGACUUUGCUUUUUAAAAUCAUAUUUGUCUAACUUAAAUAUUGUGAUCUGCAUUGUCUAGACUACUUCUUUGAGCAACACUGUAAUAUUUUCAUUGAUUUUUUUUCUACUGUGUCUGCUGCACUUUAAUGCACUUACUCAAGUGUUUUUAUUCAAGGUU